AUCGAGCUGACGGGCAGAAACUCUCCGGUGAGUGAAUUUGGGAUACCCAGUCUCACACCCGUGUUUCGAGGCAGCACAGCCUGCUGUCCUCCACUCCGAGGUUCUCUGGUGGCUACAACUACCGUUCUCGCCCUCCCGCUCACGGUGCUGUUGACCUUCAGGGAUGUGGCCAUAGAGUUCUCUCAGGAGGAGUGGGAGUGCCUGGACCCCGCUCAGAGGGCCUUGUACCGGGACGUGAUGCUGGAGAACUACAGGAACCUGGUCUCCCUGGGUGUGGAUAAAGUGCGUCCAGAUGUUGGGAUCUGCCCUAGUGAGUUUCUUGGGAUCCUCUGCCCUGCCUGACUGUGAUCAAAGCUGUUUUGACUCUGAAAUGAAAGCUUUAUGAAGUGGCAUCUGGACUUUCAUCUCCUCCUUUCUUCAGAUUAUCUGCCCACUCCUCCCUAGAUUAGUAUUGCUUCCACCACCUGAGUAAUCCCCAAACCGUACAGCAAAAUUUUAAAAUACUGGAUUCCCUGGUUUUCCUCCCAUGCUUUUGAUCCAGUAAUUCUCAGAAGAGAGCUAGAUGGCUAUAUAUGUAAAAUGUUCCUUAAGCAGAAGAAGGCAGUCAGUGGAUGAAAUUAGUGUAGACCCAUCUGUAACAUCUUCCGUCUUCAGAUGAACUAAGAGCUGGGAUUAUAUUCUGGAAAAGCCCCAGCACAUAACUUUCAUUUCUUAUAAGCAGGAAUCUCUCUGACCUGAAUAUUAUCUCUGUUUUGGAGCCAGGGACAGAGCCCAGGGGUCUGGAGGGCAAGAUGAAAAUAGUGAGAAAACCAAGUGGGUUUUCCACAUCUGUGUCAAAGCUGUGAACGCUGGUAACAGCUGAGGCAGUCAGAGAUGAAGCUGCUUCGUCAAAUAUUGUCUGAGAAACCCUCCCCAACAAGGAGAGGUCUGGGAAAAGAGAAGUACUUGUGAGCACGCAAAGGAAAUCGCCCCCAUUACUCUGUCGUACAGUUGGAGUAUCCUCCAACCCUCUGACGGUGUCCUAGCUGAUGCAGAGACAGAGGCAGAGUCUUUAUCAUGACCUACAACACUCUAUUAUCUGGUUGCUGUGACCUUUUUGGGCCCUAGGCUUUGAGAGGGAUGAGGAGGGCUGUGUCACGGGGGCCCUCGUUCCCGUGGUCUCUCCUCCCAUACUUGAUUCCAUCUGAUUCCGACUGAUCCAUCAGUUCCUCUGUAGUCCUGGCCCCAGGACCUGUCCAGGUUUCGUCCUCAGUUCCUGUGUUUGGGAGAACUGUUUACGAGAUAGAAAAACACUGAGUGCUCCUCCAUUGCAUUUGGGCCCCAAGGCUUCGUGGGACUGCCUCAAGGCCUCAUAGCCAUUUUGUCAGACCUGCUGUUGCCACACAUCAAGAGUAUAAUCAGGCAGUGGGGUGGCUCUUCUCAGAUUGUUGGUCAUCAGUACCAUAAAGACAGGGGACAGAGAGAUCGUCUCUUUGAAACCCAGUCCUAUGUGGGGAGCGUGCCUUAGUCUUCUCAAAGACCCUAUAAAAUCUAACUCCGUUACUUCUGUUAUCUUGCCUUGUUGUCCUUCCAGCGCUCUGCCUAGGCUAGGGAUGCAGAUGAAACUUGGCUCUUCAAGAUUUUGUCUUUUCCUAAGUACAAUUUUCAUAAGUGCAAUUUUGCCCGUGAAACUUGUUUUCCUAGGGUCUGAAAUAGCUUCUUUAUCUGCUCUGAUAACCCACUUUUAGAUGAUGGGCAACCUCUGGUGGACUUACCUAUGGAGGGGGCUUAGUGGGUAACAAAAUUUUUGAAGAACGCUUUGAUUAAUGUAUUACAGUGCUGUCCUGCUACUUACAGGAAGUGCCCAUUUACGCCACUGAGUGGAGUGGUCAGCAAGUCCUAGGGAUGCUGACGUGGAAAGUGUCAGGGUAGCCCGACUGAUCAGUGAUAAUAGUUAUCUUUCUGCUGUUGGUGGGGUGUCACCCUGUCUCUGGUGAUAUUGAUCAAAUAUCUAAUGAUCAUUCCCUUUGAGCCAGCAAUCAAAGGUGUAUGAACUUAUCCAAAGGAAACUGUCACAACUGUGUGUCUAUGAGGCUUUGGCCAAACUGUGGUUCAUGUCACAUUUUUCCCCUGGCAUGCACCAUUGUUUACUCUCCUUCAAACAAAUAAUGAUUUUUUUUUUAAGUUUAUUUAUUUUGAGAGAGAGGGAGCAUGAGCAGAGGAGGGGCAGAGAGAGAGAGAAUCCCAAGCAGCUUCCGCAGAGUAAGCGCAGAGCCCGACACGGGGCUCAAACUCAUGAAACUAUGAGAUCAUGACCUGAGCCAUAAUCAAGAGCCAGACGCUUAACUGACUGAGCCACCCAGGCGUCCCUGAUUGUGAUCUAUCUUGAGGGAACUUCUGAAGUUAAAUGAUGCCUCCAUUUUUUUUUUUUAAUUCUAGUGUAGUUAACAUAGUGUUGUAUUAGUUUUAGGUGUACAAUAUUAUGCCUCCAUUUAACUUCUAAUUUGUUAUAUUUAAACCACAGCAGUUUUCAUUAUCUAUGUUUCCAUGUACAUAUUAAAAAUGAACUUUAGGGGUGCCUGGGUGGCUCAGUCAGUUGAAUGUCUGACUUUGGCCCAGGUCAUGAUCUCGCGGUUCAUGAGUUCCAGCCCCUUGUUGGGCUUUGUGCUAACAGCUCAGAGCCUGGAGCCUGCUUCAGAUUCUGUCUCCCUCUCUCUCUGCCUCCUCACCCGCCUGUACUCUGUCUGUCUGUCUGUCUCU